AAUGAAUGGACAGUGGAUUGGUUCGCGAGCAAUUCGAACAAACUGGGCUAGCCGAAAGCCUUCAGCACCACAAGAUGCUAGAAACCAAAAACAAUUGACUUAUGAUGAGGUUUUUGGACAAAGUUCGCCCACAAAUUGUACCGUAUAUGUCGGUGGCAUAUUAUCUGGUUUAACCGAGGAAUUAAUGCACCAGACUUUUGGAGAAUUGGGGAAUAUACAAGAAGUUAGGGUAUUUAAAGACAAGGGAUAUGCUUUCGUUCGGUACGACAAUAAAGAAUGCGCAACAAAUGCUAUAAUUAAGUAUCAUGGAACGGAAAUCGCUGGCCAUAUUGUUAAGUGUUCAUGGGGAAAAGAAAGUCCAGACGUAGGCGGUAGUGCAACGACCCAGUAUACUGCUCCAGCCGGUGCUGCUAAUGCAGGUUAUUACGGAGCACCCCCUCAAAUGGGUUAUGGUUACGGUUAUGGACAGCAAGGAUAUGGUGUUCAAGGAGGAGGAUAUAGCGUUCCUCCUUAUCAACAAGGUUAUUAUGGACAGCAAGGAUAUGGGAUGCCGAUGGGUCAGUGGCCUGGUUAUCAAGGUCAGAAUCCACCGCCGGCGCAAGGCGCUUAUUCUAUGCAACAAGGUUAUAUAAAUAAAAAUUAG